AUGGCGGAUGAAAUCCCAUUGUUUUUUCCACCCGAUAGUAGCGACGAAUCAUCCGGUAGUAGCAUUCUUUUUUCCCAAAAUCUCAUCGAAGAAGCCGAACUUCAAGACAUGGGUACAUCUAAUCGAAGGAGAUAUAUUGAACGUCAACGUGAGCUUGGGCAUGAGACACUCAUGGCGGAUUAUUUUGUCGAAGGCCCGAAAUACAACGAAGCUAUUUUUUGGCAUAGGUUCCGUAUGUUGAAACGUUUUUUUCUAAAAAUUGUGAGCGACGUGGAAGCGAACGACUCGUGGUUUCAAGAGGGCCUCGAUGCGCGAGGUAAGAAGGGCUUUACGCCAUUGCAAAACGUUACAUCAGCUAUUAAACAGCUUGCAACUGGUAGCCCUCUAGACGAGAACGACGAGUACUUGCAUAUGGCAGAAAGAACUUCCCGCGAGUGCCUAGAAUAUUUUUGCGAUACGGUUUACAAAAUAUACACUUCGGAGUUCUUACGUAGACCGACAAGCCACGACAUGGCACUUUUAUACGACGCUCAUGAGGAAAAACAUCACCUUCCUGGUAUGUUCGGAAACCUUGAUUGCACCCAUUUCGUUUGGCGAACGUGUCCCACAGAGCUUCGAGGCAAGUAUAUGAGAGGAGAUCACUGA